AUGCCCGGAGGCUCGACGCAUCUCGACGUCCUCUCCGAGUGGAUAAAGAGUUGCGACAAGGCCCAGCACCUACCAGAUUGUAAAAGCUUUAUCCCAACUAGAUUGCUACUGGUUGGUGAUGAAAGUGCUGGGUGUGUCCGACUGAUUUCUAACCAUGGCUUGAAACCGGAAUCCGUGAAGUACAUUGCGUUAUCUCACCGAUGGGGGAUGGGCCCAUUCACUAAAGGCAAGUUUGUCGCAACAACCACGGACAACAUCGACACAAUCACAAGCUCUGAAGGAAUCGAUGACGAUUUUCUCCCUCAAACUUUCCUGGAUGCCGUAUUAAUCACAAGGAAACUCAAAGUCAACUAUUUGUGGAUCGACGCUCUGUGCAUCCUUCAGGACAAUGGACAUCAUACCAAUCUGGAUUCGAAACAAGACUGGGAAAGAGAAUCAAAGCUCAUGGAAGAGGUUUUUGGUUCGGCCUACCUUACCAUUGCCGCAAGCUGUGCGGAAAAUCGAUUCCAAGGGUUUUUGAAGCCGCGAACGCAGCGUCAAUUUGUCACUAUGAGAACGGACGACGGUGUGCAGUUCCACAUCUGCGAGAUCAUCGACAACUUCGAAGCUGAUGUAGAGCAAGGAGAACUCAAUCAGAGGGGCUGGGUACUGCAGGAGCGUGCCCUUUCACGGAGGACAUUGCACUUCACGAGGAAUCAGACGUACUGGGAGUGCGGAGAAGGCAUACGAUGCGAGACAUUGACCAAGACGACAAAUCGGAAGGCAGCGUUCCUCGCCGAUUCCAACUUUCCUCACUCUGUCGAGUCCUUCAAACAAGGGAGACAGCUGCAGCAUUACCAUGACCUUUACGAACGUUAUUCAUCUCUGGGACUGACUUACGAGACCGACAAACCGAGAGCUAUCGCAGGUCUUGAGAAGAGAUUGAUGACGGCGCUGAAAUCAAUCGGCGGCUACGGUGUCUUUGAAUCCAACUUCCACAGAGAUCUUUUGUGGCAGCGCCGAAACACUGGGACGUCGCUGCGACGUAUCGCGUUUCCUCCCGGAGAAAGAGUGCCUUCCUGGUCAUGGAUGGCCUUCGACGGAGAAAUACGAUACAUGAACGUUCCUUUUGGCGAUAUCGACAGAGCUACAGACAUCACAUCGCCGUUUGAAAGGUUGUCUGACGACAACAUGGCUGGGGCACCGUACCUUUCAGGGGAGGCGUAUUUCCGAGCCCGAGCCCAUACCUUAAUUGACGAGAACCCAGCGCGGCUGAUCUUGGAUGAUCCAGAAAGAAUCUGGCCUCAACCGCUGAUGUGUGUCGUCAUUGGUACGAGCAAGCAGCACAAGAAUGACCUACUCAGACACUAUGCUCUAAUUAUAGCGCCGAUUGAGAACUCGAAGGAAGACAAGGUGUUUGAGAGAGUUGGGGUGGCCUAUCUGUCUAAGGAAGAAGUCUCGAUUGAAGAAGAAGCAGAAUUUGUGAAGGUCCAAUAG